GUAACAGUAAUGAUACCUUGCUUUUGUUAUCAGAAAAGUUAGAAAAAGUGUAGCUAGAGGUGUAUAUAAAAUAUUAUUCAUGAGAAAACACUUGUAAUAGAUGUAAUAUUGCUACAAGUACUAACGACUCAGAAAUAUGCUCAACAUCAUCAUAGUUUUAAUCAAAUUCCUCCAAUCUCUCAUUCUAAGAUAUUUUCUGUCCAUAUUUCAGCUGCUAGAUCCAUCCACCAAAGCUAAAAUCCCCCUCUUCCCAUCCAACAGCCCCACAACCCUCCAAACAUCCCCUCUCCUCCCCUAAAACCCUCUCCCAUCUCCACCUCAACACCUU